AUGGAGAGCAAAAACAGCACAGUGGUGACAGAAUUCAUCCUCCUUGGUCUGACACAGUCCCAAGAUGCUCAACUCCUGGUCUUUGUGCUAGUUUUAAUUUUCUACCUCAUCAUCCUCCCUGGGAAUCUCCUCAUCAUUCUCACCAUAAGAUCAGACCCUGGCCUCUCAGCACCUCUCUACUUCUUUCUGGGACACUUGGCCUUCUUUGAUGUAUCCUACUCCUUCAUUGUGGCUCCCAGGAUGCUGGCAGACUUACUCUCUGAGAAGAACGUAAUCUCUUACAAUGGCUGCAUCACUCAGCUCUUUUUCUUGCACUUCCUUGGAGCAGGGGAAAUGUUCCUUCUUGUUGUGAUGGCUUUUGACCGCUACAUCGCCAUCUGCCGUCCUUUACACUAUUCAACUGUCAUGAACCCUAGAACCUGCUACACCUUGCUGUUGGCUCUGUGGCUUGGGGGCUUUACUCAUUCUAUUGUACAAGUGGCCCUUAUUCUCCACUUGCCCUUCUGUGGUCCAAACCAACUGGAUAACUUCUUCUGUGAUGUGCCACAGAUCAUCAAGCUGGCCUGCACAGACACCUUUGUGGUGGAGCUCCUGAUGGUCUCCAACAGUGGCCUGCUCACCCUCCUGUGCUUCCUGGGGCUUCUAGCAUCCUAUGCAGUGAUCUUAUGGCAGGUACAGGGACAGUCCUCUAAAGGGAAGAACAAGGCUCUUUCCACGUGCACCACACACAUUAUUAUUGUGUUUCUCAUGUUCGGACCUGCCAUCUUCAUCUACACUCGCCCCUUCAGAGCUUUCCCCGCUGACAAAAUAGUUUCUUUCUUUCACACAGUGAUUUUUCCUUUGAUGAAUCCUGUGAUUUAUACCUUUCGCAACCAGGAAGUGAAAGCAUCCAUGAGGAGGUUAUUGAGUCAGCAUACAGUUUUUUGA